AUGGGUGGCAAAUACAGACACACAGAGGUCCCUACAUUGGGGCAUCUGGAGAAAGCCGUAGUUCUGGAAUUAACCUUGAAACACGUCAAAACGUUGACUGCCUUAACGGAACAGCUGCAUCAGAAAAUCAUUGCUCUACAGAAUGGAGACAGAUCCUUGAAGUCUCCUCCACAGUCCGACCUGGAUGCUUUCCAUUCCGGAUUCCAAACGUGCACCAAAGAAGUCUUGCACUACCUCUGCCGAUCGGAAAGCUGGACCAGCCAGGAGCAACGUGGCGUCCAGCUAGUCGGUCACUUGCACUCAGUUUGCACUCGCUUCCUGCCCGGCUCUCCCCACUUGAUCCCAAAGCUUUGCGGGGCCAAAGGACGGUGGUCACCCCAGGAGAAACAACAACAACAACAGCAGCAGCAGCAGCAGCAGAAGCGUCCUGGAGGAACCCCGAAGCAGGAGACCCAGCCCCACUGCGUGCCGGUCAUCCAGAGGACUCAAAACUGGAGUAGGGGCCCUGCCACCCCCCACCCGCCCCUCAGUGGCACGGAGCAGGCCGGGGAGCACGACACAGACACGGACAGUGGCUACGGCGGCGAGUACGAGGGGAAGACCACACGGGGUGGCUUCAUGGUCAAGCAGGAGCCCACCUGCGACGUGGAAGAAGUUCCUGAGGGAGUCAAAAGGCGCAGGCUGGAGAACGGCAGCCCCUCCGCAGCGACGGUGCGGGGGGCUGGGGUCGGGGGGAGGGCAGACCCUGUGCUUCUCAACCCCCUGAUGGCUUUGGGCGUGGGGGCCGGUUGUGGGCUAGGAGGGUCUCUCUUGGGCCAGGCCCCCACCGCUCCCUUCUGCUUGCCUUUCUACUUCCUUGCCCCGUCGUCGGUGGCCGCGGCCUACAUGCAGCCCUUCCUGGAGAAGGUCAGCCCGGAGAAAUCGCUCUACCCCGCUGGGGGGGCUGCCGGCCCCUUCCCCUUCAUUUAUCCUGGGAUUUCGGUCCAAGGGGCUGCUGCCGCUUUCCCUUCCCUUGCCGUGGCCGCGCCGGCAGCAACGUUGGCCCCCUUGGCCGAGAAAGGCAGCUCACUUUUGGGGACAGCCCCCUGCUUUCCCACGGGGGCAGCCCCUGCUUCUCAGCCCCCUCCCCUCCUCUUCCCCUGCAAGCCGGCUGAGCUAAAUACAGACCCGGAUCGUUGCCCUUCCCCAAAGUCUGAUCUUCAGCCCGGCCGGGACCGGCCCUUGCAAGCAGAUGCUAUGCUGUCCAGCAUUUAA